AUGCCUCGCCAGACUCGCUCGUCCCGCCCCGCAGCCCGCCCUGCGCCCGCCCCGGCCCCUCAGCAGAAGCGCCAGGCGUCGACCUACGCCGCCCCUCCUCCCGCCCACGCUCCCCAGCACGCCGCCGCACCGCACGCCCCGGCUGCUGCCGCCCCCUCGGCCGGUGGUGGCAUGUUUAGCCAGAUGGCCUCGACCGCCGCUGGUGUCGCCGUCGGCUCGACCGUCGGCCACGGCCUGAGCAGCAUGCUCUUCGGCGGUGGCGGCGGCUCGCAGCAGGUCCAGGAGGCCCCCGCUGCCCCCGUCGACCAGCAGACGUUUCAGCAGGCGCGCAUGGGUGGCGCGUGCGAGCUUCAGGCCAAGGACUUUGUGUCGUGCCUGAACGCGACCGGGAACGACGCCCAGUCGUGCACCUACUACCUCGACAUGCUCAAGCAGUGCCAGGCCGCCGCUGCGCCGUACUAAGGCGCUCGUCGUCGUCGUCGCGUCGCCGUGUCAGGUUCUGGUCGAGUGCGGCAGAGGAGGGGUGCGAGGGGCGGUCCUUGUUUGAUUUCUACACUCGCAUCACUACUCGCAAUACAAUGGGUCUCAACGGUC